UUACUGCUGUAUAGAGCUCUUAUCGAGCCACAUUUCGACUAUUGCUUGCCUGUUUGGGACGGUCUCAACAACGAAUUAGCCGAUAAAUUACAAAAACUACAAAAUUGACAAAAUUGUGCCAUUAGAGUAAUCACAAAGUCCGUAGUGCUGUAGUGCUACCGCCCUCCGCACAAAUUUAGGAUGGGGUAACCUCUAUACCAGAAGGAAAAAACAGAAAGCUAAACUAAUUUUUAAAGUUUUAAUUAAACGAACCCCGGAGUAUUUACAAGAUCUAUUCAAACCAUUCACCAGAGAAUACGAUCUUAGAGACAAGACAAAUAAAUUAGCUCUGCUCAAGCUCCGUACUGAAUUCCUUCAACGAAGUAUCUGCUGCAGUGGGGCCCAUUUG